AUGCCGGGCCCACGGGCCCCGGCGGAGCCCCUGGUGGCGACGGAGCGCAGGCCCCUGCUGGCUGAGGGCGCGCGGGGCCCCCGGAGGGGACGGCGAGUGGCGGGCGCCGCGGUGCUGCUGGUAGAGAUGCUGGAGCGCGCCGCCUUCUUCGGGGUGUCGGCCAACCUGGUGCUGUACCUCAACAGCGCCAACCUGGACUGGGCCGGCGGGCAGGCGUCGCGCGCCGCGCUCGUCUUCCUGGGCGCCUCCUACGUGCUGGCCCCGGUGGGCGGCUGGCUGGCCGACGCGUACCUGGGCCGCUACCUGGCCGUGGCGCUCAGCCUGCCGUUCUACCUGGUCGCCGUGGCCCUGCUGGCCUCCACCGCCUUCCCCGACGGCCGCCGCUCCUUCUGCGGGGAGAGGCCCGCGCCGCCCCUCGAGCCCGCCUGCGCCCCGGGGUCCUGCACGCGCACCUCACCCAGCCCUUACUGCGCGCCCACCGUCUACGCCACGCUGCUGCUGCUCGCCCUGGCCGCCAGCUCCGUCAGGACCAACCUCACCUCCUUCGGGGCUGACCAGGUGAUGAACCUCGGCCGCAAUGCCACCCAGCGCUUCUUCAACUGGUUUUAUUGGAGCAUAAACCUGGGCGCUGUGCUGUCGCUGCUGGUGGUGGCCUUCAUCCAGCAGAACAUCAGCUUCCUGCUGGGCUUCAGCAUCCCCGUGGGCUGCAUGGGUCUGGCAUUCUUCAUCUUCCUCUUUGCCACCCCUGUCUUCAUCACCAAACCCCCCACGGGCAGCCAGGUGUCCUCCAUGAUCAAGCUCGCACUCCAGAAUUGCUGCCCCCGACUCUGCCGCCGACACCCUGCCAGAGAUCCCCAAGGCGCCCCACCACUCCUCGACCAGAGGUCUCACCAGCUUGGCCCUUCUCCACAAGAGGACAUCGCCAACUACCAGGUGCUGGUGAAGGUCUUACCUGUCAUGCUCACCAUGGUGCCCUACUGGAUGGUCUACUUUCAGAUGCAGUCCACAUACGUCCUGCAGGGGCUCCACCUCCACAUCCCCAACAUCUUUCCCGUCAACCCUACCAACAGCUCCAUGGCUCUUGGCGCCCAGCACAACAGCUACACGAUCCCAGAAGCCUGGCUCCUCCUGGCCAAUGUCAUAGUAGUGCUGGUCCUAGUCCCACUGAAGGACCAUUUGCUGGACCCUUUCCUGCUGCGGCACAAGCUGCUUCCCUCGGCGCUGAAGAGAAUGGCCCUGGGGAUGUUCUUUGGCUUUGCCUCGGUCAUUGUGGCCGGAAUCCUGGAGAUGGAGCGCUUGCAGUAUAUCCACCAGAACGAGACGGUGUCCCAGCACAUCGGACAGGACCUGUACUACGCGGCACCGCUGUCCAUCUGGUGGCAGAUCCCUCAGUACCUGCUCAUUGGUAUCAGUGAGAUUUUUGCCAGCAUCCCAGGUCUGGAGUUCGCCUACUCGGAGGCCCCUCGCUCCAUGAAGGGUGCCAUCAUGGGCAUCUUCUUCUGCCUGUCUGGGGUGGGCUCACUGCUGGGCUCCGGCCUGGUGACCCUGCUGUCCCUGCCAAGGGGCUGGCUGCACUGUCCCGAGGACUUCGGGAACAUCAACAAUUGCCGGAUGGACCUCUACUUCUUCCUGCUGGCCGGCAUCCAGGCUGUCACCUUCUUUAUGUUUCUCUGGAUCGCGGGCCGCUAUGAGCGGGCGGCUCAGGGCCCAGCCCCACAAAGCUUCGCCAGCAGGGACAGGGGCUGA